UCGCCUGACCUGGCGCUCCUCCCUACGUAACAUGGCCGCCGGGUGAUUUGAAUGACAGGCGGCGAUCGAGGCUUGCGGGUUUAAUGAGAGUGGACAGUAAACGAACCUGUGAAUCACAACUAACCGGUUAACCAUUACACCCGACCAUGAACCGGUACCUGUUGCCCGCGUCGCUGGUGGGGAGCGUGGUGGGAGGAUUUGUGCUGCUAAAGGACUCCAUGCAUGGCGGGCUUUGCAGCAGUAAGGCCGUGCUGCAGGGCAAGACGGCAAUCGUCACCGGGGCUAACACGGGGCUCGGCAAGGAGACGGCGCUCGACCUGGCACGCCGAGGGGCGAGGGUGAUUCUGGCGUGCCGUGACGAGGCGGCGUGCGAGGAUGCGGCGCGGGAGAUUCGCGGGGAGACGUUGAACCCGCGCGUGGUGGCACGCCGCCUGGACCUCGCCUCGCUCGCAUCUGUGCGAGACUUCGCGGCGCGCAUCAACCAGGACGAGGAAAACGUUCACAUCCUGGUCAACAACGCGGCCGUGAUGCGGUGUCCACACAGCACAACGGCGGAUGGCUUUGAGAUGCAGUUCGGAGUCAACCACCUGGGCCACUUCCUGCUGACGAACCUCCUGCUGGACAAGCUGCGUGCGUCGGCCCCGAGCCGCGUCGUCACCGUGUCCUCGCUGGCUCAGGUGGCCGCAUGCCUCGACCUCUCCGACCUCAAUUGGGAGCGCCGCAAGUAUGACCCCAAGCUGGCGUACUGCGACAGCAAGCUCGCCAACGUGCUGUUCUCGCUGGAGCUCAGCAACAAGCUGCAAGGCACGGGGGUGACGGCGAACAGCGUGAACCCAGGAGUCUGCAACACGUCGCUGGGCCGCCACACGGGCAUGCACAAGUCAGCCUUCUCCAGCUCCGUGCUUGGCCCCUUCUUCUGGCUUGCGGUGCGCUCCCCUCGGCUUGGCGCCCAGCCCAGCAUCAACCUCGCGGUGUCCGAGGAGCUUGGGGACGUGUCGGGCCGCUACUUCGACGGGAUGCGGCAAGUCGACCCGGGCACGAAGGCCAACGACGAGGAGCUGGCGCGGCAGCUCUGGGAAGCCAGCGCUCGCCUCGUGGGUCUUCACGAUCACGGCGGUAGCGGCAAAGGUGGCGCGGGGGAAGCAUCGGAGUGCCACGAAGGCCAGGGCGCCGGCGCUCCCGAGCGCUCCGCCGCAGAGGACGGUGCCUAGGCUGCGGCGAUCGGCCAAGCUGCUGCUGUGAACUGUGCCCCAUGGCCUCUUUGAAAGCUCUUCGAAGGCUGGGCUUCGUCCAUAUGAUGGGUCAAUCUGGUAGGACAGCACUAGUUAUAAGGGAGGCCCCUCGAGAAUGCAAUAGGCAUCAGUGUGGGGCUGCAGAGAUGGGAUUGAGGUGCUUUCUGGAGACAGCUGCCAGUCAGCCCUGCAUGUAAUCCUGUGACACCAUGGCCUGCUGAUGGCACAUCACGGUGCACUGGCGAUCACCUAACAGUGCAUAAUUAGGUCAAAUAACACAACGAACUGCUUCAAAGGAAGCCUUAAUCAGAGACGUUUCCAACCAGGGCAAGUGGCCAACUAUAAACAAAUACAUAUUCUUGGGUCUUUUGGUAAAACCUAUCUACGUGACUUUACCGAAAGACCCAAGAAUAUGAAUUCCUGCAGUCACGAAAGUUUUAAGUCAAGAUUUACUAUAAACAAAGUACAACCACACAAACUGACACUCGCCCUGGCGCGACGGGUUCUCAUGUGAGAUACUUUUAUAUUUUGCGCAAAUAAUGUUUUGGUGCGCGGACCUCUUCCCUCUCCCACGGGUGUUGGUUUGACUGUGCAUUGCACUGCGUUAAUAAAGGCGUGUGCCCGAGA